GCACAAUUGCACAAACCAACAAUGGCUGAAGCAAUUAGAUUCCCCGCCCAUUUUCCCUCCCUUUCCCAAAUUCUGUCAUUUCCAUCAUCGCCGCGCUUGACCGCUGGCACCCGAUGGAAUCCAGAACUUAGCAGAGCACUGGCCGCAUUUUAUUGAAAAAUGGCAAGGGCGGUAGUAAUAACAAUCCUCUACGCCCUCCUAAUCACCGGCGCCGUCGCUCUCCUCUUCUCUUCCAUCCCUCCGCGGCAGCCGGCGGCAGCAGGGGUCCACCGCCGGCUCGGGUACAACAAGCUGCCGUCGUCCCCAAACUUCGACCCGCUCUUGGAGAAGAUACACCGGCCGGACGACGAUGCAGUCACGUACUUCGGGGAGGAAGGGAGGUUCAACAUAACGAAGAGGCUGGUGGCGCUGUUCCCGGCGGUGGACAAGUCGCCGGCGGAUGGGAGGAUCGGCUUCUCGGAGAUGGCGAAUUGGAACGUGGCACGUGGCAGCGAUCGGUUGGCGUACAGGACGCAGAAGGAAUUGCUGUCCCACGAUCGGGACGGCGACGGCGCCGUUAGCUUCAAGGAGUUCUUCCCCCAGUUUUCCAGCUUGGAUUUGGCAAACAAUGAGAUGGGUCAUGGUCAAGCCGGAUGGUGGAUGGAGUUGUUCAAAAUAGCGGAUGUGAACGAGAAUGGAAUUCUUGACUUCCACGAAUUCAACAACUUCUUGCAUCCAGAAGAUAGCCAAAACACAAGAAUCAAGAUAUGGUUGCUUAAGGAAAAGAUUAAGAGGAUGGAUGAUGAUGGCGAUGAAAGGCUCGAUUUCAACGAGUUUGUGACAUACGCUUACAACGCUUACAAGACUUACGUUGAGUUUGAGAAGAUCAGGGUUCCUACCGCGGAAGAAAAGUUUGCGGACCUUGACGUCGACCAUGAUAACUUCUUGAGUGUGGAGGAAUUGCUGCCCAUACUUCCAUACCUGAAGCCCGGGGAGCUUACUUAUGCCAAAUCCUACGCCCAUUAUUUGAUCGAUGCGGCUGAUGAUGAUGGAGAUGAUCAUUUGACAUUGCAAGAAAUGCUUAACCAUGAAACUAUAUUCUACACCGCCAUUUAUGAUAGUGUUUAUGAGAGUGAUUAUCAUGAUGAACUCUAGAAUUAAUUUCAGUCUAUUUCAAUCUCUCUCUCUCUCUUUCUUCCUUUGUAUAAAACUUCUACUUUGUAACACAGUUUUAGAUAGGGGUACAUAUUCCUUGUGUAGUAGCUUUAGGAGUUGGAAAAAGAAAAUGUGUAUACAUGUAUGGUGUCUUUCCUAUCUAUAUCUAUAGCCACAUCAAGAAAUCAUAAUCUGAAUAUUUAUCGUACUUCAUAAAUCCGGAAAGUAUGAACGUAUACAUAUAAGAAAAGAAACACGAUUACAAGAACAAGAUGAACAAGAAUAACAUCUUUAUAACAUAUUUCGAAUUAUAGGUUAAUUUCGUGCAUAAUAGUUAAGAUAAACAUUCGAGAUAUAUACAU